AUGAUGAACAGAAUAAUGAAUGAUGGCGAUUCUCUGGGUAAUUUACCAGAUGAUCUAGAAACAGCGCGAGCGAUUAUUGAAAGUUUAACACGACAGCUAAAGGUUCAUGAUGAUGUAACUUCGAAUUUGCUCCUUCUCCAGAAACGAAUUGAGCACACGCAUCAGAGGACACAAGAUGCUAUGCACAUGCUUGAAGAUCGGCUAGAUAAUAUUGAAGCAACAUGGAGCAAAGAACUGGAAGAACAGCACAAACGCUGGCUCGACAAAUACAAUCGGUUGAUAAAAGAGACUGAAAAUGCUCGUGUUUUAAAUAAAAUAACACCCAAAGCUUCAGCAACAUGCAGUUGUAAAGAUGUGAAGAUUUCAAAGCAACAAUUUGAAAGUCUCAACCGCCGCGCUAUAAAGAUCGAUGGAGGGAUCGGUGAGUUGGAAAAAAUUGCAAGUUGCACCAAAAACUUUGAUGAAAAGCUUCUUCUCGACAAACAAAAGAUCAGGGAUAUCGAUGCUCGGUUGAAAGCGUUAACAAAGAAAGAACAAAAGUUGAAUGCUGAGCUCACCAAGCAGAUGAAUAUCCAUUUUGGCAAGCCUUUUGUCAAAAUGACAAGUGAACGAUCCAAAAAAAGCUUUUAUGGUGUUUGUGAAGUAAUCGAUGGCUACCAAAAAGCGAUUGAAAAUUUGGACAAAGCACUGCGAACAUUGGAGCAAAUUAGGAAUGUACCAUCAAUGAAAAGUAUUAAUAGCACAAUUCGAAGUACACCAUCAGUAGAUGAAAUUGAUGAAAUUACUGUUCUAAUGAGACGUUUCCUUGCCAAAUUGCGUGUUCAGCUAGCAUCGGUUCACUUAUAUGGCAAUCCAACACUGAGCCCUAACUUGGAUACUGGUGAGAAUAUAUCGUUAACGAACAAUAACAAUGAUGAUUUUAAGUCGGAGACAACGACUGGCGUUGGAUCAUUAAACCGUGGUAGCAGUUCUUCUGACUUUGACACAACUCCUCUCAACACUUCACAAUCCAUACCGAUUGACUCACUAACAGGACCGUCAACUUCGUCAGCACAUUCUCAAUUUAUGGGUUUGAAACCACAAACUGGAAGUGAAGGAACGAUUACAGCUGAAGGGAAAUCCGACCAAAUCUCAGAUGAUAAAAAAUAA